UAAACAAUCCGCCGUUGAAAAUUAACUACACAUUUGCCUUUGAAUUUAUUUCAAAGAGUUCGUUUUCGAUAUCCAGCCACCAUCAUGAAAGUAUCUGCGACCUUGUCGAUUUUAGUCGUAUUGCUUUAUACUUGUAAAGUUCUAGGAGAACCUGUUCAUGAUAAAAGUUAUCAUGCAGACCCUGAUCAUAGUUCUCAGGCAGAUCCUGACCAUAAUUCUCAUGCAGAUCAUGACGACCCUCACGUAGAUCCUUUUGAUGCUGAUAGUUAUUAUCCAGAACAUGAUGCUGGUCACGUAGCUUAUCAGCAAGCUCUAUAUGCCCAACAAGAGUGUCUAUCUAAAUGUACGGAACUUUCUGCGCCAGCAGAAGACGAAAAUGAUCUAGGUGUUACUGUACCACCAAGACUUGACAUGGAAAGAUGCAUGCAUCAUUGUGAUGAAUUAAAUCCUUACAGAUGAAAUCGGGAACCCGCAGUAGCGUAUGCAAUGAAAUAAAAUAAUCUUACUUGUUUGAUACCAUUUAUUGACAGAUAAAACUUAACUGUUUGUAUUGCACCUGAUUGUUAAUAAUACUGAACGGUACAUUUAUUCUGCUUCUGUAUAGAUAUAAUUAUGAAAUCACGGAAUUGUAUAGAUACUUAAGUUUUAUACCCCUAAACUGUAUUGAAUUUUCGUGAACGUCUCUUGAAAGACUUUAACAUGACUUGCCGAUUCUUUUGUCUUUUCUGAAUGUGUGUUUUGCAGUUUCUUUUUGUAGUUGAAUUGAACAAUAAACAGUUAUAUACGUACAAUA